UGCGCGGGGGCCGCGAUGGCGGCGCGGGCCGGGCUGUGCUGCCGGGCCGGGCUGUGGUGCGGGGCCGGGCUGUGGUGCGGGGCCGGCGGGGGGCUCCCAGCCGCGCCUCGCUGGGGCCGCGCCGCUUAUUCCUCGGCGCCCGCGGUGAGCGGCAAGGAAGGGCCGCAGCAGCGGGAAGCUUCAAUAAGGAGAAGAGGCAGGACACCACAGUUUGCUGUACCUCCCAGAACAGAGAGGAUGGCUGUGGAUCAGGACUGGAGCAGUGUUUAUCCAACAGCAGCUGCCUUUAAACCUGCCUCUGUGCCUCUCCCAAUCCGAAUGGGUUACCCAGUGAAGAGAGGAGUACCUCCCCCAAAAGAAGGCAACUUAGAACUUAUUAAGAUUCCCAAUUUUUUGCAUCUUACUCCUCCUGCAAUUAAGAAGCACUGUGCAGCUCUUAAAGAUUUCUGCACUGAAUGGCCAAGUGCUCUGGACAGUGAUGAGAAGUGUGAACAGCAUUUUCCCAUUGAAACCGAAACUGUAGAUUAUGUUUCUUCAGGGACGUCUAUUCGCAAUCCCAAAGCAAGAGUGGUGACUUUAAGAGUUAAACUUUCUAACCUGAAUUUGGAUGACCAUGCAAAGAAGAAGCUUGUUAAACUUGUAGGAGAGCGGUACUGCCAGGAGACAGAUGUGCUCACAAUUGUCACAGACAGGUGUCCCCUAAGAAGACAGAACUAUGAUUAUGGCAUGCACCUGCUCACAGUUCUGUACCACGAAUCUUGGAAAACUGAGAAGUGGGAGAGCGAGAAGUCUGAGGAAGAUAUGGAAGAGUAUAUCUGGGAAAAUAGUCGCUCUCAGAAAAAUGCCUUGGACACUCUGCUUCGAAUAAAAGCCUCAGAGAAUGUCAGUAAUGUCUCUAAGGAAGAGCUGCUUGGAUCUGAAGUGGUUAACAAUUACAGAAACUCUGUAAUUGCACUUAAAAAUGAAGGUGAAACAGAAAGUAACAUGUCUCAGUAUAAGGAAUCCGUGAAAAAGCUGUUGAAUAUACAAGCAUGAAAGCAGACUCUGCAGGUACACCUGAUCAUUAUAGAAAUAUUAAGCUACUAUUAAUAUUUCUUAGUGACAUGGAUAUAUAAUUAUUCAGAACCUUAACCAAAAGUGUGAAACUUGAUGUUGAUAAUCACAGUAGUAAUCAGUUUUCUCUUUACUGCUCAAUUUUUUUUGUAAGCAUAGUUGUCCUGGCCACGAAUCUUGUUCUUUGAAUAAAGUAUGUUUGGAUUCAUAUUGAUAA